AUAAACCCUGAGGUGUGACUGCAGCCCCUACCUUACUGUCAAGUCUCAAAGAGCAGUCAGUUUUCAGUGUGUCCAUUUCACGUCUUGACCCUGAAGCGCGUCACACAGGCAUCAUGGCGAAGAUGGUCGUGCAGCAACCUCAGCCUGUCAUGAUGGCGACUGUGCCACACUCCAAUCAGUGGAGCUCAGGAAUCUGUGACUGCUGUGAAAAUGUAGCUGAGUGUUGUUUUGCCUUUUGGUGUUUCCCCUGUUUUGCCUGCAGUACGGCGAAGAAAUUUGGCGAAUGUUUGUGCUUACCGAUGCUUGAUGGUUUUGGCUUAAUUCCCCCAAUUACCCUGGGCAUGAGGGCAACACUGCGCGAGCGCUAUGGCAUUGAGGGAUCCAUGUGUAAUGACUGUCUCUAUUCAUUCUUCUGCCUUCCCUGCGUUUGGUGCCAAAUGUCACGAGAGAUGAAAGUACGCGGUCAAUCCAUCACAUUUAUAAAUUCUCGAGCAAGAUGAAGACUUAACAUCAAGAUCCAAAAAUAAACACAACAAUACUGUGGGUUCAAUCGUUCAGGAGAAAGCAAAUGGCUCUACAUGAUGAAAUGUCUUGUAUAGUUCAUUCUGUUAUUAUCUGGUCUAAACGCUAGAGGGAGCUGUUUGCGCAAUAAUGCUUCAUGAGUUAACUAUGAACUGCACGCGUGUGUUUGUGGAUUUAAUACCAGUUGUGUGGAGGAGGAAAUCUGUGGUGGAGGAAAUCUGACUGUUGAAAUCAAGGUUUAGGUGCUUCGAAUUUUACUUGUGUCAAAUAAAUAAUUACUACCUCUUGGA